GUUCGUUGUCUCCUUCUACCACUCUCCUGGCUCAUGACGCCUCAAGUUCAUCCACUCGCCGCGCCCUCGGAGCGAGAGCAAGUGCUGGAAGACGUGACAUGAUGAGGAAGAGGUGCGGGAAGGACGCGGAAAACAAGUUGUGGGCCCUCGUCAUAGCCCCAGCGCGAUGCAGCUAAGGUGCGUGCUCAGCUACGUGCACCCAUCAUACGUACUGACACCAUUGCAGAUAUGUGUCCAAUACACCAGUACUGUAAGGGCACCACGCGCCAGGCUACGCAUGCCUUCCCGUCAUCAUCCUCGGGCGGUGUCCCCACGCCCUCGGCGUGGCUUUACUUCCCGCGCAUCCCUAUGUACGACCCCUUGUGCCCCAAUAGUCUCUACUGCUCGCCCUCUAUACAUUUUGUAUUCUCAUAUCUAGCCCUGCACAUUUGAAUGCUGUGUGAGCAGCAAAACAGCCUCGCGGGCCAGACCCGGUUGCGCCGUAAUUCACCCAACCAGCGGGUUCUCACCGG